GCGGGCGCUCGGAGGGGGCGGGGCGGCCCGGCGGCCACGGCGGCCAUGGCGGCCAGGCGGGUUCCGGCGCUGGUGACCGCGACCUUCGGGGGACGGCCUCCCGCCGCCCGGGCGGCCCGGCCCCUCUGGGUCUCGGCAGGGCUCCGCCAGCCCCUCGGGGCCCCGCUCUGCUCCGCUCCGGAGGGAGGAGAGCGCGGCGACGGGGGGCCCCGCCCGCAGGACGGCCCGGCGGCGGCGGGGACCCUGGAGCCCGCGGCGCUGACGGCGGCCGAGCGGCGGAUCGCCGACCUGCACGGGGCCGCCUGCGCGGCCCAGCAGCUGACCUACGUGGACCCGGCCACCGGCUACCUGGUGCUCACGCGGCUGGCCCACAAGCAGAGGGGCCGGUGCUGCGGCUCGGCCUGCAGACACUGCCCCUACGGCCAGGCCAACGUGCAGGACCCCGCCAAGAGGAAGAGAUUCAAUUCCUGUUUCUACGUUUGACAGCCGUUUCGCCUCCGAUCGCCACCUCGUGCAGCCUCAUUUUAAAAAUACCGUAAUCAAUAAAACAGACAAACAAACAAAAAAAACACCCAACAUCUCAACUCGGAAUUGCUCUCAGCUCUGAGUGCUUGAGCUCUGAUUUAAUUGUAAGGAUGUGUGUGUGUGUGUGUGUGUGUGUAUUAAAAGAAUAUCAAUAA